AUGAAGUCAAAGUACGGCGACCCUCAUCCCUGUUCUAUAUGUAUGCUGCUAAUGUCUUUUGGUAACGCGUUGGUUUGUCAGCGAUGCUUGCACUAUAAGAAUCGUUUUGGUGAGCCCAGAGAAUGUCAGAAUUGUGGGCAACCAUCAGCAUUUGUAAAGGAUGAGGAAAGUCGCCAGAAAGUUAAUGGGCAGAUUCUUUGCUGGGUAUGCACUUAUAACUUCAAGCUUGCUCGAUCUCGUGAACAAUCUGAGCAUGGUAGCCUAAGGAAAAAACAUAGCCAUGGGCACCAGGGAAGGCGAACUGAAAAAAUGUACUCAGCUGCAUUAUUCUUUAUUUGUAUAAUUUUAUCGCGUUUUAGGCCCGAGGGUUCAUUUGCCAAACGUUCUAGAACGAUGGAAGAAUUUUCACGAAAUUCUUCGUCGUUAGAUGACUCACUGGGACAUCAUGUGGGCGGCAUUCCCAACACUGCUUUAGGUGUUGGGCAGAUUCCCGCCCCUGUACAAGCUUAUAACAUGGAUUCUGUAUACAACGAGCAUAUUCUGACUAUCAGUCGACUGCAGGAUGAAAUUAAAAAUUUGAAGAAGCAACUCAGCCAAAAAUCUGCUGAUAUGAUUGCAAAAGAUCGAGUUAUUGCAGAUCUUAAAUCAGAUAUUUUCACCAAAGAAUGUGCUCAACGCGAUAAAAUGUCACGAAUACAGCAUGAAAUGGAGAACGAAACUGAAAAGCUUUCGGCGUUCGAUUAA